CCGGAGCGCCGCGCCUGCGCACUCUGCCAGUCGCCGCGCCGACCCCGCGGACGUGGGCGCUCGGCUUCGUCUUCGCGAACCCCUGGCUUAGAGAUGCGCCGCUGCCGGGCCCUUACCUGCUCCAGAUGUCUGUGGAGCUUAAGAACACCAUGGAGCUCAUCAAAGUAUGACACUGAAGAAUAUGAUGGCUGAAAACAACUUAAAAAUGCUGAAGAUUCAGCAACGUGUAGCCAACAAACUACCUAGGAACAGACCAUACAUUUGUAACAUUUGCUUCAAGCACUUUGAAACACCAUCAAAAUUAGCUAGGCAUUAUCUCAUUCAUACCGGUCAAAAGCCAUUUGAAUGUGAUGUAUGUCAUAAAAACUUUAGACAACUAGUUCAUCUGGAGAGGCACCAGUUAACUCACAGUUUGCCUUUUAGUUGUAACAUUUGCCAACGCCACUUUAAAAAUCUGAAGACACUGGUGAAGCACCAGCAGCUUCACAAUGAAUCCUAUCACAAUGAUGUUAAAGUCAGAAGAUUGCUUGAGACCAAGCCAGAGAAGCCUGUGUAUGGAGUAUAUAAUACUUUCACUGCAGAGGAAAGACGGGCACUACACCCAUGCUCUAAGUCUGAUCCCACGUACAGCACUACAAAGAGAAGAAAGCAUAUUCAUGCAUGUACAAUCUGUGGCAAAAUGUUUCCAUCACAAUCAAAACUUGAUAGGCAUGCACUUAUUCAUACUGGGCAGAGGCCUUUUAAAUGUGUCCUGUGCAGUAAAUCUUUCCGACAGUCAACUCACUUAAAAAUCCACCAACUCACACAUUCAGAAGAAAGACCUUUUCAAUGUUGUUUUUGUCAAAAAGGAUUUAAGAUUCAAAGCAAACUUCUGAAGCAUAAACAAAUCCACACUAGGAAUAAGACUUUUCAGAAUCUUUCUUUAAAAGUAAAGAGUCCUGAAUCAUGUCCCCUACCUAAUAAAUUAAAUGCAAAGCAGGAUGCUUUUGAAAAUGGUGAUAUGGGUGAAUCUGAGGAGAAUAAUCCUCUUGAUGUCCACUCUAUUUAUAUCGUCCCUUUUCAGUGUUCAGAGUGUGAAGAAUGCUUUGAGUCAGAGCAGAUUCUCAAAGGACACAAGUGUCUUCCUGCCAGAGGUGGCAGAAUUCCAAGCAGGCUCAAAAGAAGCUGUAACUAUAAGACCGUUGUUAAAAAGCUCUUGGCCAAACUUAAACGUGCUGGGGGUAAAAAAUCAGAUAACCUUCAAUCAGAGAAAAGAACAUUUAAAAGCAACUGCUUGAAAAAUUGCGAACGUACCCCUGCUGAGCAGAACAUGGAACAAACUCAGAGAACUUUUGUGGGUUCCCUUGGCAGACAUGGAUCAUGUAAGGCAGUUAGCAAAAAGAAGAAGAAAACUCUAACUUUGCCAUUUUCUUGGCAAAAGCAAUUCCAGAGCCAAAAUAUGGGUAAAAGUUUGCAAGGUAUCUUUACAACAGGAAGCCUAUUAACUAUGGAUAGUUCUGUGAAUAAUAAAGACUUGUCAAUCUAUGGUUCGUCAGGUGAGGAAUACUUUAAUAACUGUGACAUGCUUCAGUGUGGGUUUUCAGAUUCAAGUGAAAAUAUACAUACUGGACAUAAAAUGUGCCCCUGUGAUAAAUGUGAGAAAGUGUUUCCUUCUAUCUCUAAACUACAAAGACACUAUUUAAUUCAUACUGGACAGAGGCCUUUUGGCUGUAAUGUUUGUGGGAAAUCUUUCAGACAGUCGGCUCACUUAAAAAGACAUAAACUAACUCAUAUUGAAAAGAUUCCCUAUAGUUCCUUUUGGCAAGUGGACUUCGGAAAUGUGAACAAACUUUUUGUUCAUCCAAGUGAUGAUGUUAGCUAUAAUGCUUCCCAACAGUGUGAGGGGCUUAGUUUUCAAAAGUUAGAGGGUUCAGAGUCCAAUCAGGUAUCGGGGACUGAAGUCAAGGCAGAAUCAGAGGAUUUCGUUCUCGGUCCCCACUGUAGGAACAGGCAGUCUUACCUCACUAACACACUUUUGGAGUCAGAGCAGAGCCGUCACUGUUACAGUUAUUUAGACCGUCCUGAAAGAAGUGAUGGGCUCCUUUACCAGUGCAGUGUGUGCUGUAAAAAUUUCCGGUCUCCGUCCAAACUAGAAAGACACUAUUUAAUCCAUGCAGGGCAGAAACCAUUUGAGUGCUCAGUCUGUGGCAAAACAUUCAGACAAGCACCUCACUGGAAGAGACAUCAGCUUACUCACUUUAAAGAACGGCCACAGGAGAAAGUGGUUGUUCUAGAUUCAGUUAUGUAACACAAAACCACUAAUGCAUUUGUGGUCUCUGGUGAUAUAAUACCCUCUGAGACAUUUUGCUGAAGGCCUACAUUAGAGAAUGGCUUCAUAGGCAAUUGCUUGUCUUGCAUAAUAAGGAGUAAGUUAAAUAAAAUCAGUGUUUUAGAAACAGCCGAAUGACUUGAGAAGGAAUAGAAUGGUUUGAUGCCAUAACUAGGUAUCUAAGGUUGUCAGUGUAUAACUUUGGUUGUAUUAAAAGGUAUGAGUCCAUCAUCAAUUUGGCCUGAUUUGUUGAAUUACUCCUUAAGACAUUGUGUCAAUAUAUAUAUAUACAUAUAUAUGUAUGUAUAUAUACAUAUAUAUGUAUAUGUAUACCUCCCAAAAUGAGGCCAGAAUUGCCAUUCGGCUAUAGUAAAUCACCCUGCCAUAAUUUAUUUUACAUGGACACUUACUUAAGUUCUAUUGCAAAACAUUUUUCUUACAAGUUAAAAGAUAAGAGGACAACAGAUAUGGAAACAGGUGGGGGAAAUUACAACUUUUUCACAGUGA